AGUUUUCCCACUGGCCGAUGACUAAGUCAUAUGUUUUAACACGGGAGGCCACAGCUUACGCUCUUCUUGCUCUGGUCAGGGCCAAGGCAUUUGAAGAUGCCAGACCUGUUGUGAGGCUUGCUAACUGGCUUCACCGUUAACACAAAGGACCUGGACUUAUUGUCUAAAGGCCGAGCCCGCAUUAUUGCAAAAUAUGAGAUGAACACAGUCCUGUCAGAAAGAGGCUCACUCAUCAUCUACCUGGACAAGGUUUCUCACACACGACCAGAGGAGAUCACUUUUAGGAUCCAUCAGAAUCUGAAAGUGGGAGUCCUACAACCAGCUGCUGUGUCUGUCUAUGAAUACUAUGACCAAACAAACUGUGUGAAAUUCUACCAUCCAGAGAGGAAAGCAGGAAAGCUGCGGCGGCUCUGUACAAAUAAUGAAUGCACAUGUGCAGAAGAGAACUGCAGUAUGCAGAACAAGGACAAAAUCACCAAUGAUCAGCGAACAGCUAAGGUCUGUGAGACUACACAGACCAGCAGAAUAGAUUUUGUGUACAAAGUGAGACUGGACAAUUUUACAGAAGACUUGUCCACUGACAUUUUCACAGUGAAGGUACUCAAAGUCAUCAAAGAAGGAACUCUUGAUGUGGGUCCUCUGAAUAAACAGCGCACAUUCAUCAGUUAUCCCCACUGCAGGGAGUCUUUAGAUCUGGGGACGGGCAAAACCUACCUCAUCAUGGGCACGUCCAAAGAUAUUCACAGAGAUGAUCAACAUCAAUCGUUUCAGUAUGGAUUCGGAGAGAGAACCUGGAUCGAGUACUGGCCCACAGAAGCAGAAUGUCAAACUGAGGAACACAGAAUGACCUGUUUGGGCAUGGAGGAGAUGGUUAAUCAGUACCAACUCUUUGGUUGUCAGCAGUAGUUAAAUUCAAGAAAAGAAAUUAUUCAUUU